AUGGCGGAUUCGCCGCCGCCGAAACCUGAACCACAACAACAACAACAAUCAGUGAGAUCUUCGAGAGUUCAACUUCCACGAUAUACUUCAAUCGAUUUGGAAAAUGAAUUACCAGAAAUUUAUAAGUGAGUUUUUUGAUGUUUGGCUUCUUUUUCAAAAUCAGUUGACUUGAAAUUGGAAACUUGAUUUUCCGGUGAUCAAAAGCCAAAUUUUUUAUUCCAGCACAUCUUUGAAUCCAAAUCUUCACGAUCCAGAUAUGACAAUGUUUUUCAAUCGAAAUUUGCCACCAUUUCAUUCAAAUUGGUCGAAACGUCACAGUCCUCCUCCAAUGUAUCAAUCGAGAUCGAGUAAGUAAAAACAACUAUUUUGACCAAAAUCCGAUUAUUGUUGUUUUCAGAAUCCGGCAGUAAUUCAUCGAUUCAAUCAUCAACUCCAUCAACAAAAAACAAGAAAAUAUUUUCUCGAAAUUGUUUAGCGGGAGGAUUCUUAUGUGUAUUUAUAGUAACUCCAAUUCUUAUUCUUCUCGUGUUUUAUAUUAUUCCUCGAAUUGUAGUUGUAGAUAAUCAACCAUUUCAAAUAAAUCAGUUUUGA